AUGCCUUCAUCAUUCUCCAAAAACCUCGCAACUCUAAUGCCGGGCUCAUCAACAAGCGACUCGACACGUGUGAGUCGAUCUGCUGCGGGAUCAGCUGUUUCAUCACCUACAAAUCCAACAUUGGGCAAGGACGAUGUGGAGGGUGUUGAUGAUACUGAGGUUCUGGAUGAAGCUCAGGGGUCUAUUAUUUUGAGUAUUAUAGGACAAUUGGGAAAAGGCGCUGAUUUCCAUCGUGUUACGCUGCCUACGUUUGUGCUGGAGCCACGUAGUAUGCUGGAGAAGCUCACUGAUAAUAUAUCGCAUCCUGAGAUUUUGUUCAGUGCCGUAACGAAACAAGAUCCCUUGGAGCGUUUCGUCGAAGUAGUACGAUACUACUUGUCUGGAUGGCACGUAAAGCCCAAGGGUGUAAAGAAACCCUAUAAUCCUGUCUUGGGAGAGAUUUUCAGGUGUCAGUGGAAUCAUCCGUCUCACAACAAUGCUACAUCGAUAUAUGUCGCUGAGCAGAUAUCUCAUCAUCCUCCAAUCUCUACGUAUUACUAUACGUGUCCGGAGGUUGGGGUGGAGAUUCAGGGCGAUUUGAGGCCAAAAUCAAAGUAUCUAGGCAACUCGGCAGCAGUAAUGUUCCAUGGAGGUGCUCGUGUCAAGUUCUCAGCCUUUCCUGAGGAAGAAUACGAGGCUACUUUCCCAACAAUGUAUGCUCGUGGUAUUCUUUUCGGAACCCUGUUUCUGGAAUUGGGUGAUGUUAUCACGAUAAAGUGUCCCCAGAAUGAUUUGGUUUGUGAGAUUGAGUUUAAAGUUAAGGGCUUCUUUACAGGAACAUACAACGGCAUAUCAGGCAAAAUCCGCAACGAAUCCACCAACGAAACCCUCUACACCAUAUCCGGAAAAUGGACUGACGAAAUCUUCCUGUCUCCAUCAUCUUCAGCCAACUCAUCCCCAUCAUCAGCCUCUCCCACUCGUGGCAGCAACGGUUCUGAAAAGAAGAAUCUAUUCUUUGACGCCACGUCACACCCCGUAUCUCAUAAAAGCGUACAUCCUGAGAUCCAACAAGAAGAGUACGAGUCACGUCGAUUGUGGCAUCAGGUCACGAAAGCUAUUCAUACGAAAGAUUUGGAUGCUGCUACGGAUGAGAAGUCGGCUAUUGAGGAUAAUCAACGCAGGUUGCAAAAGGAGCGUUGUGAGAGUGGUGCGCCGUGGGUGCCGAGGUUCUUUGUGCAUGAUAAGGAGGCGGAUCAGUAUAAUUUUAAGCUGAAUAACGAAUUACCAGCUGAUCCCAAGCAAGCGCUCGACGCUCUCACUCAUAGGAUAUUUGAUGCGCCUGAAUCUGAUACGUACAAGCACUUUUGGCCAAAAGCAGAAAAUUAG